AAAUCACGUCAAAAUUAGUCAGUAAAUCAUUCAAAUCUCCAAAACCUGGGGAAACACAACCUGAUAUCUCGGGUGACAGGGCACAGAAGAAUUUUGGGUAACGAGAAAGCAGACAGACUGGCCGGAGGAGGAUCUGCAAGAUCAUACCCCGAACCUAUACUUGGGAUGACGAAAACGAAUAUAGAAUCCUCCAUCGCAGAAUGGAUCCAAACAAAACAAAAGGAAAAGUUGAUCAACUCUAUCGGCGCCAGACACAAGUAAACUUAUGAUGAAACAACCCUCACCAAAACUAGCCAAAUCACUGCUGCAAUUGGAGAGUGCUAAACUCAGAGGAGUGGUUGGUCACUGGCAUCUGAGAAAACAUCUACACAAAAUAGGCAUAUACAACAAAGAUCCCAUCUGUAGAUUAUGUAAUAAGGAGGAGGAAACAGCCACCCAUAUCAUCUUCAAAUGCGAAGCAACAGCUCAAUGGAGAUUUAACCUAAUAAACGAAAAAAAAUCCAGGGAAUGAAAUUUUAGCAGCGACGGUCAAUGACCUGAUAGUUCUAAGAAGAAGGAUUGAGUCUAUUGCACUGAACUAAGGAACUAGGAAGGUACAAUAUGCCCGAAGGCUGCACUGCCUGGGAGCACAAACCCCGCUUCCUAGUUUCCUUUACCAUACCAUGCAUGGUUUCCAAAUUAUGUUAACGAAAGAUUUCAAAUUGUUAAUUGUCGUUCUUCCUUUUCUUUUGAAUUUCAUGCUUCUGUUCUGGCGUCACACAGAGCUCUCAUUUAGGACUGCUAUUGUUUAUUUUAUUUAUUAACGAUAGUGAUUCUUUCAUUUUUUCUAUUAGUUUUCUUUUUUUAGAUGGUUUUAAAAUGUAUCUUGAAAUUUUGAGGACAUGAGGGCUCUUACUCCUUACUACUCUGAGUCUCCCUCAGGAAUAUUUCGUUGGUUUCAUGGUUUGGCUAUAAACACUUCAAAAGCCUAUCUAAUGUCUUUCUACUGAGGCUCUAAAAAUUUCUUCUCUUCUUAUAAUAAUAUUCUUUUAAAUCUCAAUUUUAUUAAAGACUUCAGUCACGUUUCAGCCCCCUUUUCACUACAUAUUUCAUCGAUGGUAAAUAAAUAUUUUAAGUUGAUAGGUCACGCAGUUCUUAUAAUUUCAAUAAUAUUUAGCCUUUAAACAAUUCUAUUUCUUUUUUGUUCGUUCUAAUCUUGACUUAUUUCCUCCUGUCUGUUCUUCACAUAAUAUUCCUUAUCUCCAAUCUACUACCCACUCAUCUUCAUUAGUAUCUCGACGUGUUUAUUUUGAUUAUGUGCUUAUUUAUAAAUUAAUAAAUAAUAUAAUUGAUUAAUCUUUAUUCUCAUUUCAAUUUCCGAGUUGCACUCCAUGAUGAAAGAUUUUCUUCUGUAUUUUUCAUUUCUUAUAUUCCUCAUGAUUAUCUUCUUCGUUUUCGACCGACUCCAGAAAAUAGGUUGUUACAAUUGAACCUGUAUAUAUACACUUCUAUGUGAGGUGUUUUCAUGCAAUACCUUGACGUCUUAACCAAUCACAGCUCGAGUUCCGCAGGGCGGUUUCCUUGGGCCUUCCUUCAUCUGUUGUAUGUGUAUGACUUUCCAGCAUUAAAUAAAUGAUCAUAGCUCAAUCACUGAUGAUAUAGCUAUUUUAUGUGAGGAGGCAGAAACCAAUAUGCAAAGUUUUCUAAGUCGGGUAGAUGGUGUACAAAAGGUCAUGGUUCACCAAUAAAUCCACACUGGUAACAUUCACGUACAGAAGAAGCAUAAAAAGCAACAUUAACAUUUCCGCAAGCUAUCAUGUCCGAUACAGAGUUGAUCUUGAGUCGAAACUGACCUGACUACACCACAUCCAAAUCGGGUGAGCAUAUUGCGCAAUAGGAAAAGACAGGUAAAUUUCUACUAGACGGUCGUUUUAGUGAAUGUUGCUUCGCCCCAUAUGGCAAUACGCCUCUGGACUAUGGGGAUCAUCAUUCAAGACAAACGUUUAAAGACUUCAGACAAUCCAAACUAGAAUGCUCCAUGACUGACUUGAAUCUCCUGGAAGUAAUUGAAAUUAGAAUAGACAAUUAGCGGCAGCUGCAAACAUCAAUGAGAAACCAUCGAAAUCAAGUGAUCAGGAUGAUCUCGGCGGUACCUCCACAGAUGGAUCGUCGGCUGGAGACAAACCGCCGCCAGGGUCUCAAAAAAAUCCUUAUAAAAUCAAAUGCAGUACUGACAGUGGGUUUUCGUUAUGCUUUAGGUUUUCUAAUAUAUCACACCUAAUCUCACGUGUUAAUUAAGGCCAUGCUUUAAUCGGGCUUUCACCCCGAAGGGGGUGUCACUUCCCGUUGUGCUGACCCCCCUGUUUAUACGUCAGGGUAGUUCAUCUAUCCCAUUAUAUGGCUGGGUCGCUAGUAUCUCUCUUAAGCCAGAUGCUGAGGAGAUCAUCGCUUUCUGCGGGGUUAGGCUCCAACGGGGGCUUUCGACAGCUCGGACCUAUGCCAAUUCCAUCGCUUGUACAAAUCUAAAAAGAGCACGACAUGGUUGUCCUUUGGUAGAGGAAACCGAUAUGCGAUUCGGUGUGUUCAACCAAGCUUUCAUUAUAAUAGCACCGUAAUUUAAUUUGGCAGUCCAUGUAAAUUUUUGAGACUGUGAAGAAAGCUUAGGAGAUUUUAACUUCUUCCGUGGAAGGACCCGUCUUCAGUGAAUUCAUGUUAGUUCUUUCUCUAUUAUGAAUUGUUACCAUGGUUCAAGAACAUUUUUGGAAAUUCGUUACUCUGAGCUGUAAAAAAUAAACUAUUAGUAGCUAAAUCUUGGGUGUUUCAGAUCGUUUUGGUCUAUCGCUGUUAGGUAUGUCAGUCCAAACGGAUCGGAUAUUUGGAAACAGCCAAGCUGUAGGGUCAUCCCGUACCUCGCAGAUUUCAAGAAGAAAUCUCACUUCAAUAAAUAGCUAGGGUAAAGAUGUUUUCCUUGAAGAGAAAGUCGGAGGAAUAGCCAAAGGUUUGUAUUGGAUGUAAAUGAUAAACGUGAAGUGGGCGAUGGUUUGUCAAGAGCCUUCAGUAAACCGAAACGAUAAAGAUAAGCUUUUAUAUAUGACGCAACGUAUUUAUCACACUUGAAAGUGUUGUAUUCCAAUAAACUAUUGAUAUUGAAAUGUCUACCUUCGUAGAAUGGAUACCCAUCGUUAUAUUCAUCGGACUGCCUGCCACCUUCAUCGCAACGUACAUUUGGUCGGUGUGUUUGGAUCAUGUGUACCCGGUGCUUCCGAACAUCAGCGACACUGGGACGAUACCGCCGGAGAGCUGUCUGUUCAGCAUGAUGCUCAACAUGACUGCUGCAGCUCUUUUGUUCGCCAUCUACGUACGGCAUAAGCAGGUCGUCGAGAUAUUCAGGUCCAAGACUCCGGCCAAAUGCGCCAAAUUGGUCAACAGGGUAUCGUCGAUAUCGGGCCUGGUGGCGUGCGUCGGCCUGGAUCUGGUCGCCAACUUCCAAGAGACCAACGUCCUCAUAGUACACGACCUAGGUGCCAUGAUCUGUUUCUGGAGCUCAGCCGUGUACAUUGUACUUCAGGUCAUCUUAUCUUACUGGAUUGUUCCUGAGAUGCACGGUAUGGUCAUGGUGAUAAUCAGGGGAAUCCAAGGGAUGUCCGCUGUCACCUUUCUCAUCCUCGGUUUGAUCACGCAAAACAUAGCGCUGUCGCAAUUCGGACCAAAACAGGCUAACAACACCGAGAUAUUGCAGUGGAAGCCAAGCGAGCCGGGAUGGGAGUGGCAUGUGGCGAGCAGUGUCUGCGAAUGGUCUGUAGUGCUUACAUUCGGCAGUUUCAUCCUAACUUUCUACUGGGAUUUUAAAAAGAUCACCUUAUAUGCUCCUGAGCUAGAGCUUGUCGAAGGAGAAACAGAUGAACAAGAUGGGGUUCAAGUCAAAACGUUCAGAAGCCUCGGGUCAUGAUUCAUAAAAAGCAAUAAAAAUAACUAUCUAUUUUCUUUUUAAUACUAUAAACUUCAGAGAGGUUUUCCAUUAAAUUAUUUUUGCUGAUUA